UAUUUUAAAAUAUGAAUAACGAAUAAAAGUUUAAUGUAGUCAUUUCACAUACGGACGAAGCCUUGUCGAAUUGGUGUUUCCAACACAAAAACUUGUCUCAUCGUGUAAAUUUGGUUCUUGGCCUCUUGAUUAUCUAAAUCUCCUUCCCAGAUCCUCUUCGCCGUAGCCAUGGCUGCAAAGCUAUUCUUAACAGCAACAAUUGUAGUUCUAAUAUCAGCCUUGAUUGCAAUUAAUCAUGAGUUUCUGUAUCAACCAUCUGUUAUAGAUCAAAAAGGCCACGACCAACUUUGGGAAUGGGAAACUCUUUCACUCGAUGGUGCAACCGGACCUGAAAGUUUUGCUUUCGACCCACUUGGCCAGGGACCCUAUGCCGGAAUAUCCGACGGUCGAAUCAUCAAAUGGGAAGAACACGAAAGGCGUUGGAUCAAUUUUGCAAUUACUUCCCAGAAGAGGGACGGCUGUGGAGGGCCACAUGAUCACCAUCGGAUGGAGCACGUUUGCGGGCGUCCAUUAGGAUCAUGCUUCGACGAAACACGCGGUGAUCUAUAUAUUGCUGAUGCUUACAUGGGAUUACUUAGAGUGGGGCCUCAGGGUGGCUUGGCCACUAAGAUCGCGACACAUGCACAAGGAAUUCCCUUCAGAUUCACUAACAGUUUGGACAUAGACCAGUCAGGUGGUGCCAUUUAUUUUACUGAUAGUAGCACGCAAUACCAAAGAAGGGAUUAUCUCUCUGUUGUAUUGAGCGGGGAUAAAUCAGGAAGACUGAUGAAAUAUGAUGCAGCAAGCAAACAAGUGACAGUACUUCUCAAGAACCUCACGUUUCCAAACGGAGUAGCAUUAAGCAAGGAUGGCAGUUUCGUUUUAUUAGCAGAGACCACCAGCUGUAGGAUCUUAAGGUAUUGGAUAAAAACAUCAAAAGCUGGGGCUCUUGAAGUCUUUGCUCAGCUACAAGGUUUCCCAGAUAACAUAAAAAGGAGCCCUAGAGGAGGAUACUGGGUUGGUAUAAAUUCGAAAAGAGAGAAGCUUUCUGAGUUGCUAUUUUCAUAUCCAUGGAUCGGGAAAGUUUUGCUUAAACUUCCAUUGGACAUAACGAAAUUUCAAACAGCUUUGGCCAAGUACAGGGGCGGCGGCUUGGCAGUGAGGUUGAGUGAGAAUGGUGACAUAGUGGAAGUGUUUGAAGACAGAGAUGGAAAUAGAUUGAAAUCAAUAAGUGAAGUGACGGAG